AUGUCUCUCCUCGGAAAGAAGUUCCCGACUCCCGUCGCCAAGCCCAUGGCUCCCUUCUUCGCUGCCGGUGCGGUCAUCCUCUACGGCAUCAACUCGGCCGCCAACGCCAUGAUGAACACCGCCGAGUUCAAGAACGACCCCCGCAACCCUAACGCCAAGAACGUUAAGCACUAA